AUGGGCACCAGCAGUGCCGCCACAUCAGGUGGAGUGCAGGAGAAGCGCGAGUGCUACCUGGACAGCGACCAGACGAGCCUGUACCACGCGGCCAAGUACCUGAUGACGCUGCAGGCCCUGUACGGGACCAUCCCCCAGAUCUUCGGGAAGGGCGAGUGCGCCAGGCAAGUGGCCAAUAUGAUGAUCAGGAUGAAGAGAGAGUUUACAGGAAGCCAGAAUUCAGUAUUUCCUGUUUUUGAUAACCUCUUGUUGCUUGAUCGAAAUGUGGAUUUAUUAACGCCCCUUGCGACUCAGCUGACAUACGAGGGACUCAUCGAUGAAAUUUAUGGCAUCCAGAACAGUCAUGUAAAGUUGCCGCCCGAGAAAUUCGCCCCGAAGAGGCAGGGUGACGGGCAGGACCUGCCCACAGAGGCCAAGAAGCUGCCGCUGAACUCAGCUGAGGAGCUCUACGUCGAGAUCCGAGACUGCAACUUCAACGCCGUGGGCGCCGUGCUCAGCAAGAAGGCCAAGGUCAUCUCGGCCGCCUUUGAGGAAAGGCACAACGCCAAGACGGUGGGCGAGAUCAAGCAGUUCGUCUCCCAGCUACCCCACAUGCAGGCGGCGCGGGGCUCCUUGGCCAACCACACCUCCAUCGCCGAGCUCAUCCAGGACGUGACGACGUCUGAAGACUUCUUUGAUAAGUUAACCGUGGAGCAGGAGUUUAUGUCCAGAAUAGACACCGAUAAGGUCAACAGUUACAUGGAGGACUGCAUCGCCCAGAAGCAUCCGUUCAUCAAGGUGCUCAGGCUCAUUUGCCUGCAGUCGGUGUGCAACAGUGGGGUCAAGCAGAAGGUUCUGGAUUAUUACAAAAGAGAAAUUCUCCAGACAUACGGCUACGAGCACAUCCUGACGUUACAGAACCUGGAGAAGGCCGGGCUGCUGCGGCCCCAGCAGGGGGGCAGGAACAGCUACCCCACCAUCUGGAAGACCCUGCGCCUCUGGAUGGACGAUGUGAAUGAGCAGAACCCCACGGACAUCGGCUAUGCCCCCCUCAGCAUGCGGCUGGCCCAGCUGCUCUCCCGGCCUGGUUGGCGCAGAAUCGAGGAAGUUCUGCGCAUUCUCCCGGGCCUCCACUUCGAGGAGCGCAGCCGCUGCCCACGGGCCUGCAGAAGAAACAGAAUUGAUUGA